UCGUUCUAGAAUCCAUAAAUCAUUCAUUCAAUUUGUCAUUUCGCCUUUUGGAUUUAUCGGUGGUCACGCGGAAUACUUAAAGAAAUUUUCUAAUAAUUUUAACUUGAAAGUACUUUAAAAAUGGCUUUACACGUACCGAAAGCGCCGGGUGUGCCGCAAAUGUUAAAAGAUGGUGCCCGGAUGUUCUCAGGUUUGGAGGAAGCGGUAUAUCGCAACAUAAAUGCAUGCAAACAAUUUGCACAAAGUGUAAGGUCUGCAUAUGGUCCUAAUGGUAUGAACAAGAUGAUUAUCAAUCACAUAGACAAACAAUUUGUGACCAGUGAUGCAGGCACCAUCAUCAGGGAACUUGAUAUUGAACACCCAGCUGCAAAACUGAUGGUGCUGGCCAGUCAAAUGCAAGAUGCAGAAGUUGGUGAUGGCACAAACUUCGUAAUUGUAUUGUCUGGUGCACUCUUAGAAUCUGCCGAAGAGCUUCUUCGUUUAGGUGUAACCACCAGUGAAAUUGCCGAUGGAUAUGAGAGAGCUCUUGAUAAGUGCAUUGAAAUCCUCCCAAGCCUUAUUUGUCAUGAAAUAAAGGACUUCAAAAAUGUUGAUGAAGUAACCAAGGCUAUCAUACCUUCCAUUAUGUCUAAACAGUAUGGAUAUGAAGAUUUUAUCUCAAAACUUGUUGCUAAAGCUAGUGUGGCUAUCUUACCUGAAAAAACAACAUUCAAUGUUGACAAUGUCAGAAUAUGCAAAAUUCUUGGAGCAGGAUUGCUUCAAUCCAGUGUUCUCUCUGGAAUGGUGUUCAAGCGUGAAAUUGAAGGAGAUGUCACUUCAGCAACAAAUUGUAAAGUUGCUGUGUACUCCUGCCCUAUUGACAUCACUCAGACUGAGACAAAGGGCACAGUUCUCAUUAAAACUGCAGAUGAAUUGCUAAACUUCAGCCGUGGAGAAGAAUCACUCUUGGAAUCCCAAAUUAAGGCAAUCUCAGAUGCUGGUGUGAAGGUUAUUGUGGCAGGAGCCAAGUUUGGCGAUAUGGCCUUACACUUCCUGAACAAAUAUAACAUUAUGGCUGUCCGUCUGAAUUCCAAGUUUGAUUUACGACGAUUGGCUAAAACUGUGAAUGCUACUGUCCUCCCUCGAUUAACUACACCUACAAGUGAAGAGCUAGGUUAUUGCGAUUUUGUCGGUGUUGAAGAAGUAGGCGAUACGCGAGUCGUUAUAUUCCGUAUGGACAGCUCAGAGUCUAGAAUGUCUACUAUUAUUGUCAGAGGUGCCACUGAUAACUUCAUGGAUGAUAUUGAGAGAGCAAUUGAUGAUGGAGUAAACACUUUCAAAGGAAUCACAAGAGAUGGAAGAUUUGUACCAGGUGCUGGAGCCACUGAAAUUCAAUUAGCAGAGCAGCUCCUACAAUAUGCCGACACGCUCCCUGGGUUAGAGCAGUAUGCCGUUAGAAAAUUCGCUAUCGCUCUUGAGAGCAUCCCCCGCGCCUUAGCAGAAAACUCGGGUGCCAACGCCACAGAAGUUGUUAACAACAUUUAUAAAGCACACAAAGAUGGAAACAAGAAUGAUGGCUUUGACAUUGAUUCUGAAAAUAACGGUGUUUGUGAUGCCAAAGAAAAAGGAAUUUUGGACUUAUACCUAUUGAAGCACUGGGGCCUUAAAUAUGCAGUAGGUGCUGCUACAACUAUUUUAAAGGUAGACCAGAUCAUUAUGGCCAAGAGGGCGGGCGGCCCGAAACCUAGGAGUGGUCCAGCCGAUAAUGAUGAAGAUUAAAAAUGAAAUAAAAUAGAUAAUAAUAUACAUUCACAAAUAACUUUUAACUUAUAUUGAUUUGAAUGUGCAUAUAACAUUUAUUUCUUGGUGGAAUAUACCAAUUUAGUUGUAAUCUGUCACUAAAAGUUUCAUCAAAUUGUUUUGUUAAUGCUUAAGCUUCUGAAUUAAUAUUUACAACUUCAAGUAUUAAUGCGAAGAUUUACUUUCGUUUUUACAAGGGCAACUGAAAUAAGGUGCCUUUUUGAAAUAAUAAAUAUAAUGACACUAAA